AUGUCGUAUGAUUCAUGUGAAUAUUCUGAAAUAGAUCUGAACAAUAAGGAGAAUAGAAAAUAUAAAGAAGAAAACCUAUACAGAGCUCGCUGCCAGGUUAAAGGAGAACUCAUCAUAGCAAUAUUUAACCCUCAUUGA